AUGCGAGCACGGGCCUCUCCUGACGGCUGCCCUCAAGAAUUCGAUAAAUACAGAAAAGAUUCCAAUAUUAACGACGAAGUCACGAAUAAGUCCAGUUCUGAUUCUGAUAAAUCGUCAGAUGAAGAUCCUUCUGCCCCUCUAGAAUCUAUUGAAGACAUCCUCAUCACCGUCCCUGGCGCUAUUCUCCACUUGAUUGAUAAGAGCUUCAGCGUUGAGCUCGCUUGUGGUGAUUUCUCUGUAAUCCGGUUAAUGCAGGAUGAUCAUCCAGUGGUAGUUCUCGCUAGAGUUGCUGAAGAGAUCCAGUGGCCAGUGACAAAAGAUCAGGCAACCGUUAAGCUUGAUGAUUUACAUUAUUUUUUCCCGGUCCGUGCUACAAGAGAGUGUGAUGACGAUGAUGAUUUGGGAGAUAUUUUGAAUUAUGGACUGACAUUUGCUUCGAAAGGGCAGGAGGAUGUGUUGGAGAAUUUGGAUAAGGUUUUGGAGAGUUAUUGUAGUUUUUCGAGGCAAAAAGUGAAGAAGAAGAAGAAGAAAGGAGGGGAAGUGUUGGAUGUAUCGGUGGCAAAGGAGUUGUCACCAUCGGAUUUGGAGGUGGAGAAAAACAAGGAAGUGAUGGAGAAGAGGUGUCAGGCUUAUUGGACUACCUUGGCUCCUAAUGUCGAAGAUUAUAGUAGUAUUGCAGCGAAAGUGGUUGCUUCUGGAUCAGGGCAGCUGGUUAAAGGGAUUUUAUGGUGUGGUGAUGUGACCGUGGAUAGGUUGAAACAUGGCAAUGAGGUUCUGAAGAUGAGGAUGGUUCGUGGUGGGAAUACAGAGAUUAGUCCAGAGACAUUAAAAAGGAUUAAGAGGGUAAAAAAGGUGACAAAAAUGACCGAGAAAGUAGCAGUAGGAGUCUUGUCAGGGGUAUUGAAAGUUUCUGGCUUCUUUGCAAGCUCAGCUGCCGAUUCUAAAGUAGGAAAAAAGCUCUUUGGUAUCCUGCCUGGAGAAAUGGUCCUGGCUUCUCUGGAUGGAUUUAACAAGGUCUGCGAUGCUUUUGAAGUAGCUGGGAGGAAUGUAAUGUCUACCUCUAACACUGUUACCACUGAACUUGUCUGUCAUAAGUAUGGAGAAGAGGCAGCUAAGGCUACAAAUGAGAGCUUAGAUGCAGCGGGUCAUGCAAUGGGCGCGGCAUGGACUGUUUUUAAAAUUCGAAAAGCAAUUAACCCAAAAAGUGUUAUAAGGCCUUCGAACCUGGCUAAAUAUAGUGAUCCAAAUUUUAAGGAUAAAAAGAAAGACAAGAAGGAUAAGAAGAAAGAUAAGAGUCAUAUGUUGUUUUUUGGUACCACUAACUAAUUACACAGCAAAAGUUAGGCUCUUGUUAGUUGAUGAAGAGACUAUAGACGUUAGAUCAUGAAUCCAAUUUUUCCUGGUUAAUCUCUCCUUUUAUUCAUUA